AUGAGUCUAAGGCCAAGGAUUUCGAUACUUCAGAGUUGUCACUACAGUCCAAAGCUUCUGAGCAUCGCAGAAGUUGAAUCGUAUCAAAGAUUCUCUAUAAUAAGCUCGACUGCUGUAUUGUAUUGCUUCCGGAAUCCAGAUCACGAGAGCUCAUAUCCAGUCCGUGACUGUAAAGGAGAUACAUGCGAGAUCAAAUACCAUAUUCGACCAAGUUUGAGAUUACACCCUGGUGCUAAACAAUAA